AUGAUAUCUAUGAUUGGAUCAUCAAGGGUUGUUCUUGAUGGACAGGUGAAACCUGCCACCAUUGUAUAUUCCAACAAGUCCGGUAAAAUCUUACAAGUUAUACAUGAACUUGUAGAUGAUAUUUCAGAUGUGCGAGUAAAAGAUUAUGGUGUUGAAGUCUACCACGAUGUAACCCCUAAUAUUAUUAUGCCAGGAUUAGUUGAUUCUCAUGUCCAUCUUAAUGAGCCAGGUAGGACUGAGUGGGAAGGGUUUACAACUGGAACUAAGGCAGCAGCAAGUGGGGGUGUUACUACAGUUGUCGACAUGCCGUUGAAUUCAAUUCCUCCUACUACGACAGUGAAAAAUUUUGAAGCAAAACUUGAGGCGGCGAAUGGACAAUGCUGGUGUGAUGUUGCAUUCUGGGGAGGAUUGGUGCCUAGUAAUUUGUCUGACUUGGUACCUCUAACGAAAUUUGGUGUAAGGGGUUUCAAGGGCUUUUUAAUGGACUCAGGAGUUAAAGAAUUUCCUGCUAUCGAUGCCACGUACAUUAAUGCUGCUAUAGAAGCAUUGAAGGGGAAGAAUUCACUGCUAUUGUUCCAUGCAGAGACGGAUUUGUGUUCUUCUAAGCAGGCUGAAGACCUACCAACAGAUUAUAGUACAUAUUUGAAAACCAGACCGGAUCGGUUUGAAACUGAUGCUAUAUCUGUGAUUAUUUCAUGUUUAGAUGAAACAUCAAAGAAAUUUGGAGAUGCAGUUCCAAAAGUUCAUAUCGUCCAUUUGUCAUCAGAAAAAGCGUUAUCCUUGAUUUCACAAGCCAAAGAUAGAGGGUUGCCUAUUACUGCAGAAACUUGUUUCCAUUAUCUCACUAUUGCUGCAGAGGACAUCCCCUCUAAAGCUACCACGUAUAAAUGUGCGCCACCAAUUCGUGAUGAGGAUAAUCGAAAAGCAUUGUGGGAUGGGUUACGCAAAAAUAUUCUCACUACGGUCGUGAGUGAUCACUCUCCGUGUACCCCCCAAUUGAAAGACUUGUCCAAAGGUAACUUUUUGACCGCAUGGGGAGGUAUUUCCUCUGUAGGAUUUGGCCUCCCAUUACUAUUUACUUAUGGUGCCAAGUUGGAAGAAAUUGUCCGUUGGUGCGCUGAAAAUACUGCCAAACAAGUUGCCCUGGAUCACCAAAAGGGGUUCAUACGAAUGGGGUACGAUGCUGACUUCCUAGUAUUCGAUGAUACGGCUACCCAAAAAAUCUCUAAUGCCAAUGUGUUCUUCAAGAAUAAAUUGACGGCAUAUGACGGAUUGGAGCUAACCGGCCGUGUGGUUAAAACCUUCUUAAGAGGCAAUCUAAUUUAUCAUUACAGGGAUGGCCAUUCCAAGGAUGCUCUUGGUCAGCUAAUCUUGGAGCCAAGGACUUGA